AGGACAGCGGAACCAUGGCCCAGUCCGUGUGGGGCUACGACAGCGAUAACGGACCUGACCGCUGGCAUGAAAACUACCCCUUGGCCAAGGGAGACAAGCAGUCGCCCAUUGAGAUCAACAGCAAGGAUGUGCGGCACGACUCUUCUCUGGCCCCUUGGCACGCCAGUUACGAUCCUGGGGCAGCGAAAACCAUCCUGAACAACGGGCGCACCUGCCGAGUUGUCUUCGACGACACUUUUGAUCGAUCAGUGCUGAGAGGGGGGCCUCUCACCGGAGCCUACAGACUGCGUCAGCUUCACUUCCACUGGGGUUCCUCUGAUGAUCACGGCUCCGAGCAUGUUAUAGAUGGGGUGAAACAUGCCGCAGAGUUACAUAUGGUUCACUGGAAUCCAAAACAUGGUAAUUAUGCUGGAGCUUUGAAACAACCUGAUGGUGUGGCAGUUGUGGGCAUUUUUCUGCAAGUUGGAAAAAAUCCCAAACCAGAGAUGAAGAGAAUCCUUGAAGAAAUUGAUAACAUUAAGACCAAGGGGAAAGAGGCUCCUUUUCAGCACUUCGAUCCUUCAAUUCUUUUCCCCAAAUCUCGGGACUACUGGACCUACCAUGGUUCGUUCACUACACCCCCCUGUGAGGAGUGCAUCACUUGGAUUCUCUUGAGGGAGCCAAUUGAAGUCAGCUCAGAUCAGAUGGCGAAGCUCCGUAGCCUUUCCAAGAACGGUGAGAACGAACCUGUGAACCCACUGGUUGAUAACUGGCGUCCACCUCAGCCUGUGAAGGGCAGGAUAGUGAAAGCCUCGUUCAAGUGA